GCCGGCUCCCGUGCAGUGGCGGGGAUGGCGAGCCGCAGAGUCCAGGCGGUGACGAUAGCAGCGAUUCCGCCAUUGGAUGAGGAGGCUUGAGGGACGGGCCGGCGUGGUGAACAAGGAGAAGCUGAGGCGUGUGGCCCCGAGAGAGCGAGGGCAAUGGAGGCCAACAUGCCGAAGCGGAAGGAGCCUGGCAAGUCCCUGCGCAUCAAAGUCAUCUCCAUGGGCAACGCUGAAGUGGGAAAAAGCUGUAUUAUAAAGCGAUACUGUGAGAAAAGAUUUGUCUCUAAAUACCUUGCAACAAUUGGAAUUGACUAUGGAGUCACAAAGGUACAAGUCAGAGACAGAGAAGUCAAAGUUAACAUCUUUGAUAUGGCUGGACACCCGUUCUUCUAUGAGGUCCGUAAUGAGUUUUACAAGGACACGCAGGGUGUGAUACUGGUCUAUGAUGUUGGGCAGAAAGACUCCUUUGACGCCCUGGAUGCGUGGCUGGCAGAAAUGAAGCAAGACCUUGGACCUCACGGAAACAUGGAGAACAUUGUGUUUGCCGUGUGUGCCAACAAGAUCGACUGUGCCAAGCACCGCUGCGUCGAUGAAAGCGAAGGGCGUCUCUGGGCCGAAAGCAGAGGCUUCCUGUACUUUGAAACUUCAGCACAAACUGGAGAAGGAAUUAAUGAGAUGUUCCAGACCUUUUAUGCAUCCAUAGUCGAAUUAUGUGAAAAUGGAGGGAAGCGUCCCAUCACAAAUAGCAGUACUAGCUUCACCAAGGAACAGGCCGACACCAUUCGCAGAAUUCGAAAUAGCAAAGACAGUUGGGACAUGUUGGGAGUCAAACCUGGGGCCUCAAGGGAUGAAGUCAACAAAGCAUAUCGGAAGCUCGCCGUGCUGCUCCACCCUGACAAGUGCGUAGCGCCUGGCAGCGAAGAUGCCUUCAAAGCGGUGGUGAAUGCCCGGACAGCCCUCCUGAAAAAUAUCAAGUAGAAACGAGGAAAAAAGACAGGUGUCGGGCUCCAGUGCCAACAGACUUUCCCUGGAGGUGGAAUAGCCAACGUGGGUUAUUUCCUCCACAGAUUCUUACCGCUCUUUUCACUCAUCUGUUGUCAUUUGUAAAUCGAUGAUUCAGGGGCCUGUUACCAUUUUUACAGGGAGAUGAAAUGAAGAGAACCAAGCGCCACCUGAACACUGGAGUUCAGUUCAUAUUUCCAAACUGAAGUCAAGGGCUCCCCUAGGCCCCUCCCUCGGGAAGUCCCUGAGGUUUCAGGGAGGAGGAGAGAGAACAGGAGGACCCUCCCUCCCUCCCCCGCUCCCUCCCUUCUUCCUUCCCUUCUUCCCUCCUUCCCUCCAACAUCAGAGAAAAAAACAAGAAAAACAGAAGCAGACAAUAUCAAAGCCCCUGAAAGUUUGGUGUGACCUCACAAGCAAGUCGCUCCUUUCAGAAUGAGUUCCUUAGGUGCUAUUUUAAACAUCAAUCAAAAAUUAAUUAACUCAGCAGCAGCCCUUUGGAAGUUUGUGAAACAAAGUGACACAGUUCUGAAUUAAGCAGCCCAUUUAUGACAUGGAGCGCGUUCCCUUCUCCAGCCACUAGGGGGAGAGACAGGCCAGUCCUAAGUGAGUCAAAGCAAUGGCAGCCUCCCUUAGGGGUGCACUGUGCUGCUCGUCGUGCUCCUGGACCGGAGGCCUUUCCCUGGCUGUGCAGGCGGGUGCUGAUUCUGUGCGCAGCAUCAUCGCCUGGGGAUCAGGAAUGAGACCCGGGACGGUGCGGGCAGGCCAGGCCAGGCUGCGCGACCGUCCUGUGCGUGCACAGCCAGCUCGCUCGGCGCGUUGCUGCCGUAGGGGAGCCCCCGUGUGAGGCUUCUGCCUUGUGUUGUGUGUCUGCCUCAUUCGCCACAGACCGGAGGGAAAGGCGGGGUGCCUCUCGGCAAGCCAGGCCCCGCUCCGCUUCCUCACAGUGUUACUUCCCCUCCUGUUUGUUCAUACACCACAUCU